AUGGCUGAUAAGCGUAAGCUUCAAGGUGAAAUUGACAGAUGCCUGAAAAAAGUAGUUGAAGGUGUCGAUACAUUUGAAGACAUAUGGAACAAACAAACUACUGCAAAUUUAAAUCAAAAAGAGAAGUAUGAAACUGACUUGAAGAGAGAAAUUAAGAAACUACAGCGAUUACGUGACCAGAUAAAAACAUGGUCGGCAAGCAACGAUAUCAAGGACAAGAGUCAACUCUUGGAGCACCGGAAACUUAUAGAAACGCAAAUGGAACGUUUCAAAGUAGUGGAGCGAGAAACAAAGACCAAAGCUUAUUCAAAGGAAGGCUUAGGUGCUGCCUCCAAAGUUGACCCUCAAACUAAAGAAAAAGAUGAAGCAACUUCUUGGUUAUCAAAAAUGAUUGAAGGGUUGAAUUUACAGCUAGAGCAAUUUGAGAGUGAAAUUGAACAACUUUCUGGUCCAUCCAAGAAAAAGAAAUCGGAACGAGAGGAUCAGCUAGAAAGUUUAAAAUCUCAUAAAGAUCGUCAUCAAUAUCACAUAAAAAAAUUAGAACUAAUCAUGAGAAUGGUUGAUAAUGAAACGUUACCUGUUGAACGAAUUAAAAGUAUAAAAGAAGAUGUAGAGUAUUAUGUAGAGAGUAAUCAAGACCCAGAUUAUGAAGAAAAUGAGUUUAUUUAUGAUGACUUACAGUUAGAUGACAUUAGCCUGUUAGCAUCAUCACCACCAUCUGAUGACAUCAUACUUACUGGAACUCCAACCUCUACAAACUCUAGCUCACCAUCACCUAGUCCGAGUGUUAUAGCCAAUCAUUCCAUGACUAGUUCAACGACGACAAAUGGCACCAUUGUUUCUUCAAGUAGUUCUGUCUCCUUAUUAACCUCCUCGGGAAAUCCUUCGGUGCCGUCUGCUCCCUCACCGUUGUAUUCCUCCAGUAUGUUUUCGGCGUUACCUAAUAACUCUAUCAGUAAUUCAAUGGUGAAUACAGUCCAGUCUAUAAAUAGUGAUUUGCCAGUGAUGAAUGGUCCUUCUAGUGCUGGCAAUAUGUUUAAAGAGACGUCUUCUUUGAAGUCGAUGGCACAACAAGCUAUUAAGAACGCAGGUCUUGAGAAUUCACAACAACAACAACAACAACAGUCUAUGUUGCCCUCAUUACAACCGCCAUCGGCAUCUCAAUCACAGCAACAAACAACAACCAUACAGUUAAAUCCUUUAUUAGGGGUAGCACCACUAGGUCCCGUUCCACUAGUAAAAGAUCAUUUGUAUCAGUUGACAAUGUUAGAUGCUGCCUAUCAACAUUUGCCUCAUCCUUCAGAUUCAGAGAGAUUACGGCAUUACCUGCCACGCUGUCCUUUUCCAACACCAUCAUAUUAUUAUCAACUCCCGCCACCCCACGCAGAUUCUGUCGAUUUCUUUACUAGAUUGUCAACAGAGACACUCUUCUUUAUAUUUUACUAUAUGGAGGGUACAAAGGCUCAAUAUUUGGCAGCUAAAGCAUUAAAGAAGCAAUCGUGGCGGUUCCACACGAAGUACAUGAUGUGGUUUCAGCGGCAUGAAGAACCAAAAACAAUUACGGAAGACUUUGAGCAGGGCACAUACCUUUUUUUCGAUUACGAGAAAUGGGGCCAACGGAAAAAGGAGGGUUUUACUUUCGAAUACCGAUAUUUAGAAGAUCGGGACUUAAACUAG